CGCGCGUGGAACCGCCGUACGAAUCCGCGCGCGAAAGAUCGACAUGUGGUCGAGGCUUCGUUUUAUAUUAAUCACGCUGCUCGCCGUUUCCGAAACAAGGAAAAUGUGGGUCACACGACUCAUACCUCUACGUCGUGAUGUUUUCAGCGAACACUCUGGCGGAGAAAGGAAAAUCCGGAGAAGUUCCUUGUAUAGACGACAACAAGUUCUAUCGUAAUCCGAAUGCACCAUCGCAUAGUGUCUGGUCACCUAUAGAAUGUGCUAAAUAUUUCCUCUGUUUAGACAAUGAAGUGUUCGAAUUCAAGUGUUCGCAAGGACUUCUCUUUGACGUUUCCAGACAGAUUUGUGAUUUUAAGACAAACGUCGAUAACUGCGAUGUAACUUCAGAUACCCAACCAGCAAAGCCGCUACUUAAAAAUGGAGAGUGUGACGAGGAAAGUUUGGCUUGCGGAGAUGGCACAUGUCUUCCAGCUCUAUAUUUCUGCGAUGGAAGCGUCGAUUGUCCUGACGGUUCCGAUGAAGGAUGGUGUGACAUGAGGCAUGAUAUUAAUGCCGCGCCAAUUUGUGACAUGGAAAAAUGUCAAUUACCAAAUUGUUGGUGUUCUAAAGAUGGGACUCAAAUUCCAGGAAAUCUUAGUGCACUCGUCACUCCACAAAUGAUAACAAUCACUUUUGAUGACGCUGUAAAUGAUGAAAAUUUUGAACUCUAUUCAAAAAUUUUUACGGAUAAUAGAAAAAAUCCUAAUGGUUGUCCUAUAAAAGGUACUUUCUAUAUUAGUCAUCAGUAUACGAAUUAUAGAGAUGUACAAUAUUUGUGGAACACUGGUCACGAAAUAGCUGCACAUUCCGUUACACAUCGUGGACCGGAAGAAUGGUGGUCAAAGAAUGCAACAAUUGAAGACUGGUUUGAUGAAAUGGUCGGAAUAGCUAACAUCAUCAAAAAAUAUGCAGCAGUUCAUAUCGGCGAUAUCAAAGGGGUAAGGGCGCCCUUCCUACAAAUCGGAUGGAAUCGUCAAUUUCUAAUGAUGUCUGAAUUUGGUUUCGUUUAUGACUCCUCGAUUAUUGCACCUUUUUCUUAUCCACCUUUUUGGCCCUACACACUUGAUUACAAACUGCCACACUCAUGUGUUCGUGCAGGACAGCUCUGUCCUACCCGUUCUUACCCGAAUAUCUGGGAACUACCUCUAAAUCAACUUUUAGCAAACGAUUACACGUGCAGUACAGUAGAUUCAUGUCCCUCUGAUUUAUCUGACGAAGAGAUAUAUAAAAUAUUGAUGUUGAACUUUAAAAGGCAUUAUCUGACCAAUCGCGCACCUUUCGGCCUACAUGUUCAUGCAUCGUGGUUUCAAAAUCCAAUGUAUUUUUAUGCAUUUAAUAAAUUCAUCGAUGACUUACUUCGCUUGGACGAUGUGUUUUUCAUCACAAGUCAUCAGGUUGUGGAAUGGAUGCGUAAGCCAACACCUCUAAACGAAAUCGAAAAAUUUGUACCGUGGCAAUGCGCAAAGCAGCAUUUUGAACCAUUCGAGGUCGCCUGUGACUUGCCAAAUAAUUGUAAAUUACCUAGUAAAGUGCUUAAAUCAUAUAGGUAUUUACAUACAUGUUUCGAAUGCCCAAAACAAUAUCCAUGGCUAAGAAACGAAUUCGGAAUUGAAUGAAAAUGAUAAAAAUAAUGUAAGAUGUUAUUGCAUGUUAUUUGUACAUCAUCAAGAGUUCACACAGUACCUUAUUUAGAGAGGCAAUUGUGUUAUUUAUUGUAAACAUAAGUAAAAAACAUGUUUAUAAAAAAA